GUUCGGCCUUCAGACCUCCAUAUCCACCCCUCUUCAACGAAAUUGCCACGAGCAACAACAUCAUGGCAUCUGCGAAGCACUUGACGAUGCUCGUGGCUCGAGGCCGCCCAGCUGCGAGGCUCACGAACUCCGUACGACCUUUCGCGCCGACGACAAGUUCGCUGGCAGCUUUCUCGACAAGUACUCUUCGAGCAUACGCCACUCCCUCUGGACCGCCACCACCAGGUUUCCGGUUACCAAAGCCUGAGAGAUGGGAUGAGAGCAAGGAAUCUUCGUUGGAUAAGGCUGGAAAGUACUUCUUGUUGACCGAGAUGGCCCGGGGAAUGUAUGUUGUGCUGGAACAAUUCUUCAGACCUCCGUACACCAUCUACUAUCCAUUUGAGAAGGGUCCAAUCUCUCCACGUUUCCGAGGUGAACAUGCUUUGCGAAGAUAUCCUUCCGGCGAGGAGCGUUGUAUUGCCUGCAAGCUCUGUGAAGCUAUCUGCCCAGCGCAGGCCAUCACAAUUGAAGCAGAGGAGCGUGAGGAUGGUAGUCGAAGAACAACCCGAUACGAUAUCGACAUGACCAAAUGCAUCUAUUGCGGCUUCUGUCAGGAAAGCUGUCCGGUUGAUGCCAUUGUCGAGUCACCCAAUGCCGAAUAUGCGACAGAGACUAGGGAAGAGCUGUUAUACAACAAGGAAAAAUUACUUGCGAAUGGUGAUAAGUGGGAGCCAGAAUUGGCAGCAGCGGCAAGAGCAGAUGCACCAUACAGAUAAUGCACGACUUUUUCAUUGGUCCUUUAGCACAUUGUACAUUGAAGACUGUUUAUAGUUCAAGAAAACCGGCUGGAGUUCCUUCCAGUGAUAAUACCACUGCAUCAAAAUCAUGAUACGGGAGGCGUCUUACCUACCAACCACUGUGAGUGAAGAUGGCCGUCGUAUCGAUACAUGUUAUUAUUACAAGGAGAAAUAUUUGCAGAAAGUCCUGCAAGUUCUGCAUUGUAUUUAUGGUGCUGAUGGGAUCGGAAGCCCCGCACCAUACACAUUGCUCUUCUCGGCUCGCAGUCAAGUCAACGAGGCUGUGAACGGCUAGGCCAUAUAUUGGUGUUUUGUUGCUUUGGAUCUAGUUAUUCUGAAGUUCUGACCAUUCUCAACGUAUUCAAAC